GACCGCUCUGGCAGCGCCACCGCCACGAGAGCCCGGGACGCGGGAAAGACCGAAAGGAAGAGGAAGAGGCACCGGUGGCCAUGGGGCUGGAGGCGGCGCGCGAGCUGGAGUGCGCGGCGCUGGGCACGCUGCUGCGGGAGCCGCGGGAGGCGGAACGCACGCUGCUGCUGGACUGCCGUCCCUUCCUGGCCUUUUGCCGGCGCCACGUGCGCGCCGCGCGGCCAGUGCCUUGGAACGCGCUGCUGCGGCGCCGCGCGCGCGGCCCUCCUGCCGCCGUUCUCGCCUGCCUGCUGCCUGACCGCGCGCUGCGGACGCGCCUGGCCCGCGGGGAGCUGGCGCGGGCCGUGGUGCUGGACGAGGGCAGUGCCUCGGUGGCGGAGCUCCGGCCCGACGGCCCGGCUCAUGUGCUGCUGGCCGCGCUGCUGCACGAGACCCGCGCGGGGCCCACUGCCGUGUACUUCCUGCGAGGAGGCUUCGACGGCUUCCAGGGCUGCUGUCCGGAUCUGUGCUCUGAGGCCCCCGCCCCUGCGCUGCCGCCAGCAGGGGACAAAACCAGCCGCGCCGACCCCAGGGCUCCCGUCUACGACCAGGGUGGCCCUGUGGAGAUCUUGCCCUACCUGUUCCUGGGCAGCUGCAGCCACUCGUCAGACCUGCAGGGGCUGCAGGCCUGUGGCAUCACAGCCGUCCUCAACGUGUCCGCCAGCUGCCCCAACCACUUUGAGGGCCUUUUCCGCUACAAGAGUAUCCCUGUGGAGGACAACCAGAUGGUGGAGAUCAGCGCCUGGUUCCAGGAGGCCAUAGGCUUCAUUGACUGGGUGAAGGACAGCGGAGGCCGGGUGCUGGUGCACUGCCAGGCGGGCAUCUCACGCUCUGCCACCAUCUGUCUGGCAUACCUCAUGCAGAGUCGCCGUGUGCGGCUGGACGAGGCCUUUGACUUCGUUAAGCAGCGCCGGGGGGUCAUCUCCCCCAACUUCAGUUUCAUGGGGCAGCUGCUGCAGUUUGAGACCCAGGUGCUGUGUCACUGAGGUGGUGCCCCUCUGCCUGCCUGCCCCACUGUGCUGGCAGGAGCUGACUGUGGACUGGUGGGCUCCUCUCUGGGCCAGCACAGUCCCCUCACCUCUGGGAGGGCUGCUACCUCCUCAGAGUUUGAGAAGCCCCCACAUGGGGGCUCUAGGAAUGCUGGCAUCCUGGUCUUUCCGACCUGGUGCUCUUCUGCUGGGGGACUGAGGCUGGCCCUCAUUCGGGAUCGGGAACCGAGGGUGUGUCUGCUCUUUCCCACCCCAUCCUCUGGCAGAAAUCAGCUAGACUCUAUACCAUGGACUCUCACUGGUCCACCACCAUGUUGAAGCCCUUGGCAGCCUGAGAGCUCCAAGGAACAAGCUGUGACAACCAGGAGCCCUGUCUGUGGGUUCGUCCACCCAGGGCCUGGAGCCCAAGCCCUGUGUUCCUGGGGAAGCUGGGGACUUGGGAAGUGAUGGGUGUGUCGUGUUGCGUGUGUCUGUCUGUGAGCCUUUCACACCUGUGCUGGCGCUGGAAAAUUAUUUGUGCUCAGCUGACAUUUAACACUCCCUCCCCCGCUUCCUCCUAGCCCUGUGGGCAGGGGUUGGAAACUUAGCACUUUAUAUUUAUACGGAACAUUCAGGAUGUGUCAAUAAAAUAUUGUUAUAUUUAAAAAACAA